GAUGCCCCGCAGAAAGCGACAAGCACCGAUUUGGCCUACUUGAGCUUGCUUGUUAUCGAUAAGCUUCUUUCCUUCAUUCUACACAGUACCCAUCCCUGUUCGUCUGAUUUCCAAGCAACCGCGAAAGUUAAGUUAAUUGCCGGCCGGCAUCGCCGUUCAAGAAGGCUCUCAACGUUGCGAAAACCAUUCCUGCCGCAUGAACGUCCGGCUGGAUCCGCCAACUUCGGGGUAUCACAGCGCGCUCAGAUGGCAGGCGACAGCACGGGACCGCAAACUCCCAACGCGCCGGGCGCAGAUGGCGCUACUGCAGGUACCGCUGCUGGGGCGCCGCCGCCGAAGUACCCCAAAGGCGUGAUCCUCGGCAAGGACGGAAAACCCUGCCGCGCCUGCAAUUCCUUUGCAUCCUUUACCACCCAAAGCAAGUCCGCCCUCAAAGCCGCCGCACCAGCACCUGCGAAGGACUGCCCGCCCGACGUCGAGGUGCUCGGCCGCAGUACCUGGACCCUUCUCCACUCGAUAGCAGCCACCUACCCGCCGACGCCGACGCCGAAAGAGCAAUCGGAUAUCAAGAGCUUCAUGCGCCUGUUCUCCAAGCUAUACCCAUGCUGGGUCUGCGCUGAGGAUUUCCAGGCGUACAUGCAGAAGCGGGAAGUGAAGGCGGGAAGCAGGGACGAGUUCGGGAACUGGCUAUGCGAGGCGCACAACGAGGUGAACCGAAAGCUAGGAAAGCCGACGUUCGAUUGUAGGAAGUGGGAGGAGAGGUGGCGGACUGGUUGGAAGGAUGGGAGUUGCGACUAGGGUUGAGGGAGACAACGUACGUUCCCGCGAGUAUUGCGGAUCCGAACUGUAAAAGCUAUGAGGGUCGGUUGGAUUUAAUGGCGUUGGCGUGUACACAGUAGGUGUGUCUUGGU